CAGAGGGACAGAGGGAGAGAGAGGGAGAGAGAGAAAGAGAGAGAGGGAGAGGAACUGGGAGGAGGUUGGUGUAUCUGGUUCUCUCUGAUAAACACUCUGCUAUCUUAUCAUGGCGGCUGCAGGAGGUCAGGUGGUGGUGCUGGGGCCGUUUACAGACAGCCCGGUUCAGGUGACGUGUCCGACCUGUCGCCACACCGCCGUCACUCAGGUGCAGUACAACCCCGGACUCCUCACCUACCUGUUCUGUGGAGGACUGCUGUUCUGCGGGUGUUUUCUGGGCUGCUGUUUGAUCCCGUUCUGUGUGGAUCGUCUGAGAGAUGCUAAACAUGUCUGCUCCAACUGCAAAGCCGUACUUGGUGUUUAUAAACGCUUAUAACACACUUAUAACACACAAACAUUUAUAACACACACACACACAUACUCACACACUUAUAACACACACCUGUCUCUUAUAUAAGCUUAUAAAACUUUAGCUGCAUUUAUUCUAAGUGUUCACUAGGGGGAGGAGGCGGCGAUAUGGCUGAGAAACUCCGCCUUUACGAGACACGCCCAGUUUUACUAAAGAAAUCAAAUUCUAAUAAAAUCGAAAUGCUAUAAAAGAUUUCAUGAUGCACAAAACUGCCUUAAAUUUUACAUUUUAUAUUCCACUGAUUCAUUUCUUAAUUUAAUGAUGGAAUAAAAGGUGAAAUUAUAGUAAAAUUUUAUAAUUAAACAGCUUUUUCGUUAUAGUUUUGCAGAUUUUUUAACAAAAAUUUGUGAAAUGCAACAAUGGAAUAUAAUUUUGUAUUUUUUGUUUUGUAAUUUCCUAAAACGUAACUAUUUCUUUUUAUUAUUUAGAUUUCUUUUAUACAAACUUACUAACUCAUUAUUACACUUUUUAAACAUUGUUAUGCUAUUUUAGUUAAAUUAGUUUCAUAUUAUGAUAUGAAAAACUAUUUCUAAAUAAUGUGCCAUUUAAUUAUGCACUUAUUUUGUGUUUAUUAUAGAUAUAUACUAUUUCAUAUUGCUCUGAAUCAUUUCCUAGAUAUAAAAGAACUAAAUUGGUACAACUUGUAUUAAAUUGUUUUCUAUAGAAUCUGAAUUAAACUGAAUUAUUGUUGUUAUAAGGAUUUACCCCCCCUAGUGGCCACAUAUAUAUUUAAUAUUUAAUCUCCAUAUAUAGUUAUAGCUCUAUAACUGUAGUAUAAGAUAGUGAUCAUGGUUAAUGUUAUAUACAGUGUGUUUAAUGUAUACUGUGGUGAUUGGUCGUGCAAAUAAACGUCAGUGUGACCCUCGUGAA